AUGGCUGCACGACCAUUAUCGGCUAAUGGUGAUCGUCAUUCAGCAUCUUUAUAUUCUCAAACAAAUAGUAUUCCAGAAAUAGCUCGUUUCAAAAAUGAAAAUAUCAUUUUACUUCAACUUGAUUUUCCAAGUCGAACAACUCGUGAUUAUGAAGGUCCAAUGGUUUCACCAAUGAUUCAAGCAGCUAUUGAAAAUGCUAUGAAAGAUGAAGAACAUAUUGAAUUAGAUGCUAAUACUAUUGUAUCUGAUAAACGCAAAAAGAAAAAGUAA